AUGUCGACCAUUUCCAUUAUACACUCCCCAUCAACGUUAACUCGAUUCCCUUGUAUCUUUCGCACGAAACCUCACCCCAUAAUUCAUCAUCAACGAUUCACCACCCGCUCUGCCGCUGGUCGUCGGCAGCUCAACCUAUCAGAGCAAUCUUCCUCCACCGCCUCGCCAGUGUACGUCACGCUACCUUUAGCUGAGCUCAAUGUCUACGCGGACCCGGUGGGCACCGUGGGCAGGCGCGAGUUCACGGUUGAGUCACUUGGGAUGCUUGCAGAAGCAGGAGUUGAAGGCGUGGUCAUGGAUGUGUGGUGGGCCCUGGUAGAGAGGGAUCAGCCUAGGGUUUAUCAUUGGGAACCCUUUUUGGAGAUGGCCGAGCUGGUUCAGCGCAGCGGAUUAAAGAUUCGGGUCGUGCUUGCGUUUCACGAGGGUUAUCCUCAUACUCAAAGUUGGGUUAGCCUUCCUCUAUGGAUACUUGAAGAGUUCUAUAAAAAUCGUGAUUUGGUAUGUGCUGAAAGACAUGGAUGGCAUAAAGAAGAAUACAUUUCGCUCGGGUGUGAUACCCUUCCUGUUUUACGGGGGCGUUCACCACUCGAAGCAUAUGCAGAUUUCAUGAGGAGCUUCAGAGACAAUUUCAGACCUUUUCUAGGUCUUGUUAUAACAGGAAUUCAAGUUGGUAUGGGCCCUGAAGGUGAAUUAAGAUAUCCUUCUUCUGAUUCCCAGGAUUUGUUAUUGGGUCGUGCUGGAAAGUUUCAUUGCUAUGAUAAGUAUAUGGUUGCGUCUCUCAAAGAACACGCCAGAGAGGUCGGAAUGCCUGAAUGGGGAAAUGUGUAUCGUGUUGCAGAACAAUUGCAAUUUGCCGAAAAUGGUAAUGAUUCUUGGAAUACGCCGUACGGUGCAUUUUUGCUUGAAUGGUACUCUGGAAUGUUGCUUAUGCACGGAGAAAGGAUAUGCGAGCAAGCUGAGGCCAUUUUCUCGGGAACAAAUGUUAUUAUGUCAGCAAAACUAGCAGGGCACUAUUGCCAUUACCUCACUCAGUCUCAUGUUUCGGAGCUGACUGCUGGCUAUUACAACACUUCAACAAGAGAUGGAUACUUGCCGUUUGCUCGCAUGUUUGCUAGGCAUGGGUUUGCGUUAUGCUGCUCCUGUUUUGACUUGAAAGAUGAGAUGGAAAGGUAUCCCACCAGUAGUCCAGAAGGUCUUCUCAAACAGAUGCUCUCGGCUGCUAGGGUUUGUGGUAUUCCCGUGGAAGGUGAAACUUCUGCAUCCUUUUGCAAUGGGAGACUAAUAUCGUUGAAACAAGUGGUAACAAUGUCCAAGCAUUACUUAUCUGGACUGGAAAACCCCUCCUUCUCAUUCAAGCUCAGGGCCAACAAGGAGCAGUUGUUUAAUUCACCUAAAUAUUGGGCUAUGUUUACUGAUUUUGUCAGCCAAAUGUCUAAUGCAUGUCAAUGAUUAAGUAUUGAGCCAAAGUUGGUUUCAUUUCUCCUCCAUUCCCCUUCUAAUAUCAGUUUUAAUGCUCGGAUGUUAUGCCUAGUAUGGUGAUUAACGAGUUUAUCAGCGAAGUAAG